AGCGCGGAGGGAGGGUCUUCGUUUGGUUGGUAGGAACAUGCACACUGUAAACAACCACUCGGUGAAGUAGCCCACUCAAACUACAUCAAGGCGAAGCCAGCAUUUUUUAAAUCGCUGUCUAUCCAGUGUAGUCUAUACUCGUGCGGCAGACAGCCCAGGUACAGACAUAACAUAUCAAACAGACACUGAAGCCGAAUGUGGAUUGCUGCUGUACUUUCAGUAUAGAUGACACACAGCGGAUAUAUAAGAUUAACCACCAUGUGACCUUGAUCUUCCUGUGACAUCACACCGACACUGAGACGGCGGGUGGGUGGAAGGACACACACGGAGGGACGCAGAGCAGAGCACCGAGAGGAGAGCACAGGAGAGGCUACAUACUUAAACAGUGCAGCUUUGCUGUGAGGAGGAUUCAAGCCCCUUGUAGAGGAUCUUGAUACCGUUUGGCUUUCUGCUAAUACAGUCAAUUAAUAAGAGACGCUCUUCUUUGUCACCUUGGUUUGUGUUGCAGUAGUCAAAAACACCACCAUUUUACAACAAAGGGUCCCAAGCACCUUUUCAUUUGUUUACGCAAGAGGAUAAGAGUUGAGCACGUUCUCGCCUUCUUCUGAAACUAGCCUUGUGAAGCCAGCCUAUUCUGUUUAUAGUAAGUGAAACGAAACGUGAGCGCAACGGUCAGUCUGCUCGGCCAGGCUAUCGAGGACCCAUAAUAACAGUCCAUAACAAAAUGGAGACUCUGUCUCUCUCGCAGGACUCCAUCUUGGAGUGUCAGAUCUGUUUUAACUACUACAGCCCGCGGCGGAGGCCCAAGCUGCUGGACUGCAGACACACGUGCUGCUCCGUGUGCCUGACCCAGAUGAGGUCCAGUCAGAAAGAGAUCCGAUGCCCCUGGUGCCGCGGCGUCACCAAACUCCCCGCCGGCUUUUCCGUAUCCCAGCUCCCUGACGACCCCGACAUCAUCACCGUUAUCGCCAUUCCGCACGCCUCCGAGCACACGCCGGUCUUUAUCCGCCUGCCUAGCAACGGCUGCUACAUGCUGCCCCUGCCUGUCGCCAAGGACAGGGCACUGUUACCCGGCGAACUGGGCUGCCGGUUCUUGCCAGGUGGCAGUGGGCAGCAGAAGGUGGAUGUGGCGGUGGUGGCUAUGCCUGAGUUGCAGCCCCUGGGUCUGGGGAUGAGUCUCGAAGGCCUGGAGGAGACAGAGAGAAGGGGAGUUGGGGGAGGUGGUGGUGGAGGGGGGAAGGGCUCCACGUGGUCCGGGGUGUGUACAGUGAUCCUGGUAGCCUGCGUCCUGCUCUUUCUCCUGGGAAUCGUGCUCCACAACAUGUCCUGUAUCUCGAAACGCUUUACUGUCAUCUCCUGCGGCUGAAGGGAGGGGCCAGAAGGCAUGUCAAUUAACAUGCCUCUCCCACCCCCUAAUGUGGCUCCACCUCUCCUCAGCCAGGACUAUGACGAGAAUAAGGGAUUUUACACAUAUCAGGGGUGGCCAAGGAAACUGCCGACAGACACACAGAGAGUGAGACAACCAGGACAACCUCGAACAAACUAGGGAAAGAAUCUUGCCUCCAAUUGUUGACUUGGAGUUAUUCUGGAUACAAAUACUCUCUCCCUCUGAUUUGGGGUACCCUAUGGACCUGGGGCCAAUGGUAAUUCACCAUGACCGAUCUGUCCUGGUCUGUUUCUUUCUGUGGUCAGUAGAGUUACUUCAGUCAGUGAUCAUGUUGUUUAGCUAAGUGUCCGUACUGAGUACAUAUCUCCAGCUGGAGCUGCAAUAUACAGUGUUAGGACCUUUUGGCAGACCUGGGAUCAAAUACUUUAACAAUCUUUUCAAAACCUUUAAGGGAUUGCUUGAGUCUGUCUGGAGUGACAGGUGGGCAGGGCUUGGCGUUUUUGGGACUUUUCUAUUGGUUUAUUAAGCCGGGAAAGUUUAAACGGGCACAGAUGUUUUUUAAAUGGAUUUUUCAAGUAAUUGAAACCCAGAUCUGCUUCUAGUCUGCUUUUGUCUUUGCUGCGAUUUAGCAGUGUAUAAAUUAGCUAUGUACAGUCCACCAAACCACCGUUGCUCAUAAAGGGACUGAACAAUCAAUACUGGUGGUGGUGGUUCACUGUGGUUGUGUCCCAUAUGGCACCCUAUUCCUCAUAUAGUUCUCUAUUUUGCCCUAUAGCCCUAUAGGCCCUGGUCAAACAUAGUGCACUUGAAAAACAAGUAUUUCGCUGCAUCUUAGAUAACAUCUGCAAAUCUGUGUUUUAUUAUUUGAUAUUGGGAAUAGGGUGCCAUUUGGGAAGCAAGCCUGUGUUUCUUAUUUUCUCAGAAUCACUCUAACGUUCUGAAAACAGUGUUUACUUACUGUUGCUCCAAUAUGUAAUGCAGUACUGUAUGUAUGUAUGUAUGUGUUUGUAUUUUGAUCAAUAAUGUGUUAAACACAAAAACAGGGAAAUAUGUGAUUGUGUGUUGUGCUAUAUACAUAUAAACCAGCCUAUAUUUGACAGAAAGCACACACUACAUGUAUUCAGUAGCCAGCCAGCCUAAAGUAAUAAUGAUUAAGUUACUGUUGAGUAUUACAAUUAAUUGCCUAACCCCGAUACCCUUCACUGAAAACAGAUGGUCAUUGCUUUUAAUAUUGAACUCUCUCGCUAAGUCGCAAAUGGCACCCUCUUCCCUAUAUAGUGCACUACUUUUGACCAGUCAAAGGUAGUGCACUAUAUAGGGAACGGGGUGCCAUUUAGGAUGCAUCCUAUGACUUUGACCUGGUUAUCACGAGUGCCCAUACACUCUAUCUCUACUAUCAAUCUCCCUUUAGGUUAAUACUAUAUUUGAUGUUUGUAUGGGGGGUGUUGGUUCACAGUGAGGUGGAGUGUGGGUGCUGGGAGGGGUUAGGAGUGGGCGGGUGGGGAGUCCCCAUCUUAAUGCUAAUAGCAUUGAUUUCUGAACCGUUUUAAAUACUUUCUCUUCUAUGCCGGUGUUUCUCUUCCUCUGUGUUUCAAAUGGCAUACCAUUCCCUGUAUAGUGCACUACUUUCAACCGGGGCCGGUAGUGCCCUGGUCAAAGUAGUGCACUAUGUAGGGAAUAGGGUGCAAUGUGGGACACAUCCCAUGUCUUUGUUGUUGUUGCCAAAAUGAUUGUGAUCCAGUUUCUACUGUAUUAAAGCAAUUGAGUGUAAACACCAACAAACAAACAGGGUGAACUAUUUUGUAUAGCAGCCAUGUACAGAAUGAUUGUAUUUAUCCUUGUUGUCCUACUUUCUAUUUGUGUUCUACAUGUUUACUUCUGUCUGUCUGUAAUAGUAGCCUGGUCUAGAAUCAACUCUUGUUGCAGCAGGUUAGAACCCUUGGUGGACAGUGUUUGGUAAAGAUGUGGUUGGACUGGUCUAAAAUCAGUGCUAAAGACAGUGGGUUAUUUAGACACCUUGUUAGGUUUCCAAAAUUCCAGUAACUUUCCCAAUUUUUCCAGAACUCCUGGUUGGAACCAAUCACAGCCAGAGAAAGAGGAGGAGGUUGUAGAAAUGAGAGAUUUCAGUUGUUGUGGGAUUGGCUGUUUAGCUCUUACCUAGGGAUAAUUGCACUGGGUUUCUAGGCUAGCUAUUAAACUGAGAUUGUGCCAUCUCACUUAAUGACUGGCUUUUUAAGGAGUCCAAUAUGGUGUUGAUGUUUAGAGGGGAAGGAUAGAGAAAGGGUAUGUGCCAAAUGGCACCCUAUUCCCUUCAAAGUGCACUACUUUUUUUCCAGGGCCCCAACGUGCACAAUAUAGGGGAUAUGGUGCCGUUUGGGAUGCAGGCAUAGAGGUCAUGCAGAGGUUCCAUCAUGGCCGUUGGUGGCCCUGGCAUCUCCCUGCGAUACAUAGUAAGUGGUGGCUCAAUAGCUGACAACUUUUUUUUCACUCAUCGUAACAGACAUUUUGAGGUGGUGCAUAUGAGUCAGCAAAGGGCCAAUUGACUGUCAGCUAUUGAGUAACUUAUCUAAUGAUACAUAAGCCGCCCUGAGUAUUGUUAUAUUAGACAAACACUGAAGAUGUAUUGAAUAUACUGUAAAUGUAUGGUGCCAGUAAACCAGACUAGUUACAUUAGUUACACUAGUUACAUUGUCUGUAGAUAGAUACCGCAGUAAACAUCAUAAACAGUACCCACUGGGCAUAUACUAGUUGAAUCGAUGUUGUUUGAAUCAACGUGGAAAACUGAUUUGAUUUGAAAAAAAUACAUAAAAAAAAAAAUAAUCAUCCAACUUUUAACCUAAAUCCAAUGACCUGGUGACAUGUUUUGUUGAUUUCACAUUGAAUUGACCAAAUGUAAAUCAAAACUAGAUGUUGAACUAAUAUGGACACAACUCAAGGCCUCACACCCAGCCAGGCUUUGGUUUGGUUCCCAAAUUGCUACCUAUUCCCUAUAUAGUGCUGUAGUUUUGACCAGAGUCCUAUGGGUGUCUGUCUCCAUCAUAGCUAGCCUCUUAUCUGAAGGUCUAAUGGCCAAAGAAUUUCUUUAGGUCAGUGGUGGCUGUUGAGGGGAGGAUGGCUCAUAAAUUGGAAUGGAAAGUUACCUUUCCAUGUAUUCCAUUCCAGCCAUUACAAUGGGCCUGUCGUCGGGUUUAAAGUGGCACCAGCCACCACUGCUUUAGAUCAGUGUUGUUUGAUGUAAUAAUACAUACAGCCAGUAAAAUGACUUGAACCAAUGGACUCAAUGUGUUGGAAAUCCAUGUUGUACUGCCAAUAGAUCCAUUGUUAAAAGAUGCAAUGCAUGAUGCUUGGAUGGAGUUAGUAGAGGUUGGGGUCUCAUAUGCAAAUGAAGGUAAAGAGGAAUGUCAAACAAUAUACACUGCUCCAAAAAAUAAAGGGAACACUAAAAUAACACAUCCUAGAUCUGAAUGAAUGAAAUAUUCUUUUUAAAUACUUUUUUCUUUACAUAGUUGAAUGUGCUGACAACAAAAUCACACAAAAAAUGAUCAAUGGAAAUCAAAUUUAUCAACCCAUGGAGGUCUGGAUUUGGAGUCAGACUCAAAAUUAAAGUGGAAAACCACACUACAGACUGAUCCAACUGAUGUAAUGUCCUCAAUCAAGUCAAAAUGAGGCUCAGUAGUGUGUGUGGCCUCCAAAUGCCUGUAUGACCUCCCUACAACGCCUGGGCAUGCUCCUGAUGAGUUGGCGGAUGGUUUCCUGAGGGAUCUCCUCCCAGACCUGGACUAAAGCAUCCGCCAACUCCUGGACAAUCUGUGGUGCAACGUUGGUGGAUGGAGCGAGACAUGAUGUCCCAGAUGUGCUCAAUUGGAUUCAUGUCUGGGGUCAGUCCAUAGCAUCAAUGCCUUCCUCUUGCAGGAACUGCUGACACACUCCAGCCACAUGAGGUCAAGCAUUGUCUUGCAUUAGGAGGAACCCAGGGCCAACCACACCAGCAUAUGGUCUCACAAGGGGUCUGAGGAUCUCAUCUCGGUACCUAAUGGCAGUCAGGCUACCUCUUGCGAGCACAUGGAGGGCUGUGCGGCCCCCCAAAGAAAUGCCACCCCACACCAUGACUUACCCACCACCAAAAUGGUCAUGCUGGAGGAUGUUGCAGGCAGCAGAACGUUCUCCACGGCGUCUCCAGACCGUCACGUCUGUCACAUGUGCUCAGUGUGUACCUGCUUUCAUCUGUGAAGAGCACAGGGCGCCAGUGGCGAAUUUGCCAAUCUUGGUGUUCUCUGGCAAAUGCCAAACGUCCUGCACGGUGUUGGGCUGUAAGCACAACCCCCACCUGUGGACGUUGGGCCCUCAUACCACCCUCAUGGAGUCUGUUUCUGACCGUUUGAGCAGACACAUGCACAUUUGUGGCCUGCUGGAGGUCAUUUUGCAGGGCUCUGGCAGUGCUCCUCCUUGCACAAAGGCGGAGGUAGCGGUCCUGCUGCUGGGUUGUUGCCCUCCUACGGCCUCCUCCACAUCUCCUGAUGUACUGGCCUGUCUCCUGGUAGCGCCUCCAUGCUCUGGACACUACGCUACCACUAGAGUGAAAGCACCGCCCGCAUUCAACAGUGACCAAAACAUCAGCCAGGAAGCAUAGGAACUGAGAAGUGGUCUGUGGUCACCACCUGCAGAACCACUCCUUUAUUGGGGGUGUCUUGCUAAUUGCCUAUAAUGUCCACCUGUUGUCUAUUCCAUUUGCACAACAGCAUGUGAAAUUUAUUGUCAAUCAGUUUUGCUUCCUAAGUGUACAGUUUGAUUUCUCAGAAGUGUGAUUGACUUGGAGUUACAUUGUGUUCCCUUUAUUUUUUUGAGCAGUGUAGUUAUAAAAGGUGUCUGUACACAAUGUUUGAUGAUGCAUUAGAGUGGGGAUUUUUGGACUGCGUCCCUGAGUAGGAUGUGUGUCCCAAAUGGCACCCUAUUUCUUAUAUAGUGCACUACCUUUGACCAGAGCACUAUGAACCCUGGUCAAAAGUAGUGCACUAUAUAGGGAAGAGGGUGCCAAUUAGGACUCAACGAUGGAUACAUUUUCUCACCUUUCUAUCCCUAGAACACCUGUACUGUAUGAUUAUGAGAGAGGGAAGGAGACUUAGGGUUGUCAGUCUGCUUGUGUGUUUGUCAAUCAGUGAUGUACAUUUCCUAUAGUAGUUUAUGUUUGUGUCCGGGUUGACAGAAAAAAACAGCUGUUUCAGUGAUCUAUUAAAUAAACCUGUGA